AUGGCACCUGCUGCGAGGAGGCGCCUGAGGAAGCCUGUGCGCGCCCCCCCGAUGGAGCCUCGGGGGAUGGAAGUCCAUGACGUUGAGGGACAGGAGAGCAGAGGGCCGAGUGGGCCAGAGGGUGUCCCCGAAGGUACCGUCUCCCCAGACACCUUUGCAGAGCGCAGCACACGUGUCCCUCGGGUCACUGCUUCUCAGUCCUCCACAGUUGACAUUAAACAGGCUCUUAUUGCAAAGAGGAAAAAGUUUGAGAUGAAUACAAAAGCUUCUAUCAAAACCGCUAAGGAAAAGAUUGAUCGUGUUUGGAAAACACAACAAGAACAAAGGCAGAAUCUUCAUCUCGAAUAUUCUCAGCAAUUUCAGACUUUAUUUCGUGAGUGGGAUAUAGACAUACAGAAAGCCCAAGAGCAAGAAGAAAAGCUAGCUAAUAUGUUUCAAGAGCAGCGAAAGAGUCUUCAACAAGCUAGAAUUGUUCAGAACCAGAGACUGAAAAAAAUUCAAAAUUUAAAUGAGCAAUUUUUAAAGAGUAUGGAGGAAUUAGAGAAGGAUCACGACCGUCUUCUUACUGACGAGCAAAGUGAAGUUAGACAAGAAAUGGCCAAGUUGCAGGACACAAUUAUGGUUGAAACUCAACAGCAAGAGCUGGCAAUAGUUCAAAAGUCUCUUCAAUCCCUGCUAUUCUGA